GGCGGCGGCAGCGGCCUCGGGGAAGACAGAUGGGGUGAGAGACAGCGCGGGUCCGGCUGUCAGCGGCCGAGCCCCGCCGCGGAGGGAGCCCCUCCUCCCGCCGUGCGCGCCCGGCCGGGGCAACCAUGGCGUCCAGCGAGGAGGACGGAGCCGGUAACGGCGCGGUGGAGGAGAAGGAGAAGGGCAAGAAGCGGAAGCUGGGCGCCCUGGCCACGGCCUGGCUCAUCUUCUACAACGUCGCCAUGACCGCGGGGUGGCUGGUAUUAGGUAUUGCCAUGGUGCGGUUUUAUAUACAGAAAGGAACACAUAGAGGCUUAUUCAGAAGCGUUCAAAAGACGCUUAAAUUUUUCCAGACAUUUGCUUUGCUUGAGGUAGUCCACUGUGCAGUUGUUCGCACAUCUGUGCUUGUGACCGGGGUCCAAGUGAGUUCAAGAAUCUUCAUGGUGUGGUUCAUUGCACAUAGUAUAAAACAGAUCCAGAAUGAGGAGAGCGUUAUUCUUUUUCUGGUGGUAUGGACUGUGACAGAGAUUACUCGAUAUUCCUUCUACACAUUCAACCUGCUCAACCAUUUGCCAUACUUCAUUAAAUGGGCCAGAUACAACUUUUUUAUCAUUUUGUAUCCUGCUGGAGUUGCAGGUGAACUGCUAACCAUAUAUGCUGCUUUACCCUAUGUGAAGAAAACAGGAAUGUUUUCACUGAGACUUCCCAACAAAUAUAAUGUCUCCUUUGACUACUAUUACUUCCUUAUUAUUGUCAUGAUCUCCUAUGUGCCCUUAUUUCCACAACUCUACUUCCACAUGCUGCGGCAGAGAAGAAGGGUGCUUCAUGGAGAAGUGAUUGUGGAAAAGGACGAUUGAAUCAAGAUGUGUAACUAUGGUGCUUUUGGUGGAAAACAAAAAAGAGGGUAAAACCUCAGUACUUCCUGUGAUUUUUCUGAGUCGAAGUUUUAAAACAUGGAACAAGAAUAAACAACUGUGCAUAAAAUAGCAUGGACUCUAUUAUUUUUACAACUGAUAUAUUUUCAGACCUACCUUUUCAUCCUCAGUUUCACUUUGGUUUUUAAUUGUUUAAUUCUUCAAACAAAUUAUUUUCUUAUUUUCAAUAGGUUCACAAAUAGCUUUAAGUGUUGGAAUAGUUGGCUCCUGAGCCUUCUGUUCAGAAAGUUGUGUUAUGACCUAUAAUCAUCAUCAAGAACAGAAGGAGAGUUGAUAAGUUGUACUGAUAGUGAGUCUUCUGGAAAACAGCAGAGCGUAAAUUGGGUAAUUGAGGUUUUUAUAGUCUAGGCGGCUUGAAUGUUUUUUAAGCUUUAUAUUAAAUAAUAUAUUUCCUCUUAUAAGUACUGUAGCACAUUGUUCAACAAUCUUUGAAUUACAGUAGGACUUUGGAUAGUAGCUGAAUCCUUGAUUGUCGUGCAAAUUUGGAUCUCCCUGUAUUUUCAUUUGUAAUUUUACAGAUACAUAGAAUAACAGAUAUCAAAUUGAGUGUUUAAAAGUUUUUGCUGAGGAGCAGACUUGAUGUGCCUACUUUUCUCUGAUCAGUAGCUGGAAUGGGACUUGUUUGCAGAGGAAGUCUGAAUAUCAUAAUGUUUGCUAUUCUACACUUAAAUUAAGUAUGCAGAAAAAUCUCAGUUUUGCAUUUAGAAACUGUAGGUAUAGUGAGAUAUUUGACUUCUUAUAAAUAGCUCUGCGGGAUAAAAUAUAUUUGAAAUAAGGUCUUAAAAUAGAAAUUGUGCUUUGAAUCAACCCACUGUGCGAUUUUAAUUGCUCCCUUUCCAUUAAUUGUUUACACUGUGUUGACCUAAUUCUAUUCAAUGUCUUCAAUAAUCUGCAAGAAGGAUCUACAGUAUAUUAAUGAAAGUUACAGAUGAUAUUGCAUUAUAUGAUACCUGAGUGGGAGAGGUUCAACAAAUUAGACAGAGCCUAAAAGAUUCAGAGAGAAGGUAAUGCAUUUGAGGAAACUUGGAUACUUAGUGAGAGAGAGAGAAGACUGAAAUGUAGUAAUGUGGUAAGCAGCUUUGACAAUGUGGGCAGCAAAAUUGCUUCUGGCAUCACAUGUCAAACGAAGAAUAUAUAUGCAGAUGUACUGCAUUAGCAGCUGGAAAUCAGAAUACUUGUGAUGGCUGAGGUGGUAUCUGGAGUACAGUGUUAUAUUUUUGAGUACUUCAAGAAUUGAGGCAAUCUUCUGAAAAGUUACAGAACAAAACCAUAAUGAGUUUAAGUGAGAAAGAAGUCGGAAAGAUUGAGUCGUUAAUAUUGAUAAUUUUUUGUUAUAUGACAAAUACAUGUAAAGGAAGAGGCUUUCUAAGUGUGAAGGUGCAACUGGAACUGAUUAUAUGAAUUUGAAACAAGGUAAAUAGCCAAUGAAUGUCAGGAGAAAGAUCCUGCUAAUGAGAUCAGUUCUGUUAUGGAAUGACACAGUAGUGCUUAUCAGUGCAUACAAUUUCUUGGGAAGUUUUUAUCUAGAUUUCGCAAGUGUUUGGACUAUGUACUUGAAAAUAGGCAGUUUCCAUUUUUAGUUUCAAUGAUUCUAUGGUUAUACAGCUCUUUUGAAAUUUGUAGCUGCACGUUUUUCUGGUGUAUCAGGUAAUUUGAUUAAAAAAAGCAAGGAUUUGCUACAUCUCUUAACUUUCAAAUUCCAUUUUGUGCCUUAAAUUUGUGAUAUUUUUGCAUGUCUUCGUUACACGUAAAUGAGUUUCCUUGUAAACAACAGGUGCAUAGUGGACUUGAAAUAGAAUAGUUGCAUUUUUUUCACUUUUAAAAGGUGGAAUCUUUGUAUCCUUUAAAACAAAUGUCACACAAGGUGCUAUAAUUUAACCUACUACUUCUCUGUUUUAUAUGCAGCUAAAAUUAUUAAAGGUUUAAAAUAUAAACUAUAUUUACAACACUGAAUCACAGAAUAGUUGUGUUACACAUGUUCAGACUAGCAGUUGUAUUUGUCCAAAGUUCUUAGAGUACUGUUUUAUAAACUUCUCUUGCUUUUUGAUCCUUGAGGAACAUCAUGGCAUUUUUCAGAAAGAAAUCUGUCAGCAAGCAGAAUAGUGUGAUUGAAUAUAACUAACUAAGAUUAGAUCAAGUUCUGUAUCUUUUUUACUGUCAGGGCAGCUCACUGAAGACCAUAGCUAUCAAUUAAUUGAAAAUGCAUUGGAUACUUUAAGAGUAUGAUUUUGAAAUCCUUAGUCAGAUGAGUGUAUCCCACAGACACUAUUCCUGCAAUAAAAGGAAUACUUGCACUGUAAUAUUGCAUUAUAUUUGUUUUCGUUGUGGCCUAAGGAUAUGUUCAAUCAAGGAGAUAUUUUUAUAUCCUUUUGUGCAUGUGACAUGAAAAAAAGACAGCACUGUUUGCUAAAAUCUUGUGUUGCACUUUCAUAAAGCAACAGUGUACAACGUAAUGAUACAAUUUAAAAACUGAUUUGCAGCUACAAUAUAGUCAUGAUAAAUGAGUACUAAUAAAUCUAAAAAUUACUUACAGUAUCACAUUCAAUGUUUCAUAGACCAGAGAGAUUGGCACAGCUUGAGGCCUUUUCCUCUUUUCCAGUUGCUAGUUGCUAUAUUGUUAGAAUAUCUUCUGAAAGAUAGUUAGAAUUGCAAGUAAAAUCCUCUUGCUAUUGACUUCAGACUUCCUAGGUAGCUUACUUAAAUUUCAGUAUAACAUCAUGAAGCAUUUAAUUAGCUUGUUAAAUAGGCAUUAAAAUUAAGUAUGAUUUUCAUAUGGUGCUCUCUUUCCAACUUCUUUUUUACACUUUUUUUUUGUCGUCUUCUCUGCAAUAUUCCUAGUUCUGUAAAGCAUUUAAAUCCUCCUGCUUAUGUAAGAUUAGAAAUGUAUUCAAACAUAAACAUCUCUAAUGUUUUCAUGUAGUCUUUAACAAAUUGUUUUCUUACUCGUGCUAUGCAUGCUUUCUGAAAUGAAGUUAUAUAGAGCAUAGCCUUAUGAAGCUUUUCUAAUGACAGUACACAGGAAUAUGCCUUUGGAAGGAGAUUUCUAUUCAUCAGGUGACCUUGCCUACUAUUGGUAGUAACAGAAACACACCAUUCUUCAUAUAUAAUCCAGCUAAAAACAGCUGGAUUUCUUGAGGUUCUCCCCAGUACUCUCACAGUGUUCCCACUGUAAAAGGCUGUUUUGAGACAGAUUGAGGUGGCCUGUGUCUUCACAACUCUGCCCAGAAUGUCUGGAAGCCAGAUCCUGGCCUCAGGGCAUGGACAGCAGAAAGGAAUAUGAUGCUGAGAUAUUGCAUCUCCUGCAUUAGCUGCCAAGGGGCACUGGGGCCAUUGUGAACAGUAGCUGAUAGAUGUAAUUUCUCUCACCACGCAGGAUGUGGGAAGAGAGGAAGCUCAGUGUGCUCUCAUAGCUUUUGCCUAGGGAGCUCAGGAAAUCAGCUGGGAGCACCUCUGUGACAAAGGGUGUGUUGCAGAAAGGGUUUUCCUGCUCCACUCAGCUAUCUUAUUACUUACUAUCUAUUAGCCUAUAUGUCUUGAGAUAUACUGGUGUGCCAAGAUGGGUAUACCACACUGCUCUCAGUCAUCUGGUUCAAAAUUAACUGCCUUGGAUAAAUAGUACAGCAUGCUGCUUCUAAUUCCCACUGAGCAUAACAUUUUGCCAGGUUCAUGUUAAUGGAUAGAUUGCAAUGACUAGUUAAUAGGGAGGUGUUUCCAUGACCAGAUGGAACCUACCUCUUCUUAUCCAGACAGAAUAUUUUAAAUCUAAGUCUAGCUACUGCUCUGACUGUGGUACUUGCAGUCUUCACAGUAGCUUACUUCAGUGGAUAUUUGGAUAUUUAUGUGAUUACUACAUAAACUAUAAUGAAAACAAAUUACAAACAUAAUAAUUUAUAAUUUAAGAUAGUUGCUACAUGAACAGUUUUUGUGAAUUCAGUUCUUACUUAAUCUACCUGAGAAAGAAAAAAAAGGAAGGAAAUACUAAUAAGUGUUAAUACAAAUAAGUGUUCUGCACAAAGCAGUAAGGGCUUCAUAAAUCAAAAUUUUCAUGCAGGUGAACUGGCUGCAGUUCGUAAAGGAUUGGUUAAAUGUGUUUUUGAACAAAAAGGUUGAAAGCUUUUCUGGAAAUUAAAAUUUAUUUCAUAAUGUGUAUUUUAAAAUGUGCUGAAAGAUACUGUAUUAUUUAUUACCAGUUUACAAUUUAAAUUCAUGCCAAACGUACAGUUUUUAUAGAUGAUUAAUUGUAGCCCAUUAAAAUGUUUCAUUCUGUGUUUAUUACAAUGGCUGUUUAAAAAACAAACACCUCAUGUUUCUGCAAAGCUCUGUGUUCUCUUGCUCAAGUGAGUUGCAGUAUUGUUAUUGUCUACAGUGCUUUGCAAGCCUUCUAAAGUGGCAGGUUUCUAUUUGCCAUGGAUAGCUCCUUAAACUGGCUUUCAUGAUGGCACACCUUCACAGUGGUUCAGUGAGUAAAACUGUAUGCCACUGGUACCAUUCUAGAGGUCCUGAGUGCCUUCAGUAGAACUGAAGGCUUUACAGAUGUGCCUGAGUCAUCCUUACGACUUCCUCAAUGGAGAAGACCUGUCUCAUGAGCUCUUAGGUCACAAAAGUAAGCCUGGCCAGUGAACUUAAGGCUACACCAAGACAAACUGUGGAGAACCUGGAUGUUGGGUAACUCUAGCCCUCUCAUAGGAAAUCGCUGUCAGGUUCAGGCCUGCAACUGGUAGUGGCUGGUAAAGUUCAAUACAUUCUGUGUCAUGUUGUAUCACCUGAAACAUGUUGUCUUUUUAUUCAUACCUCUCUUGCUUCUGUGGUCAGUCUUGAAUGUAUUGAGUGUCCUUUCAGUUUAUGGUUUUGUAAAAGUGUAAGUACAAAAAAAUUUAUCUAAGUGUACCAUGUAUAGAAUUGUACUUAAAGAUUCUUAAUAAUGUAAUUGCUCUGCAGCUGCUUAUUACUGUUAUUUCUUCUGAAAUGUGUUAUCAUUAGCAGUUUACAGAGAUAGGAAAACAACAUGAUGUGACACUUUAAUAACUUAUUUAUUUGCAAAGAUUAUAAGAUUUUUUGGGAUAUAGAUUCAGAUACUUGUUUUAGAGAUUGUUAAUACUGCAGCACUGUAGAAAUUAUUCAUCAAUUAAAA